AUGAUGGACGAUCUUAAUCAGAUUAAUUCACCUGUCCGUUUUAGCCAUUGUUGUGAUGCCAACAAGAUUGAAUUCCUUGAUGUUUUAAUAUAUCGGAUGCACAACUCAAUUGGCUAUACUUUAUACAGAAAGACUUCUGAUCGCAACACUUUAUUACAUGCCACCAGUUUCCACCCAGGUGCUCUUAAGAGAUCACUUCCUAUCUCACAAUUUCUUCGUGUACUGAGAAACAACUCAGACCCAGAUAACACCAAGGCACAGAUCAUGGUGAUGCAACGAGCCUUUCGAGAUCGAGGGUACUCGAAUUAUACACUUAAGCGAUCGCUGGACAGAGCCUAUGAUAUUUACAAUAAGUCUUGUACUACAACAACUAUGCUGUCUCAGCAACCCAUGAGAAUCACAGUACCGUUGCUGUAUCAUACA